CUGCUGCUGGAGAAAGGAGCCACUGUAGAUGCUGGAGAUAAGAGAGGAAGAACCACACUUCACAGAGCUUCUGUAACCGGUUGUGAAGACUGUGUGGGUGCUCUGCUGGACCAUGAUGCCUUUGUGCUGUGUCGGGACUACAAGGGACGCACUCCUAUUCACUUUGCUGCAGCUUGUGGCCAUGCAACACUGGUGCAUGUGUACUUGCAGGCUGCACUCUCUACAGACCCACUGGAUGCAGUGGUGGAUUACAACGGAUACACUCCCAUGCACUGGGCUGCUUACAAUGGGCACGAAGAUUGUUUGGAAUUGUUACUUGAACACAACCCAUUUGCUUACCUCGAAGGAAACCCUUUCACCCCUUUGCACUGUGCAGUAAUAAACAGCCAAGACGGUACGGCUGAGAUACUUAUAGAAGCUAUGGGUGCCAAGAUUGUUAAUAGCAGAGAUGCCAAAGGGAGGACUCCUCUUCAUGCUGCAGCUUUUGCUGACAACGUGAAUGGUUUACAGCUGCUGCUACGACACCAGGCUGAAGCUAAUGCCGCUGACCAGUCAGGUCGGACACCUCUAAUGAUGGCAGCAGAAAAUGGAAGAACUGCAGCAGCGGAGUUCCUGUUGUUUCACAUGAAGGCUGAUUUAACUGUGAUGGAUAUAAACAAGAACACUGCUCUUCACCUAGCCUGCAGCAAGGGUCAUGAGAAGUGUGCCUUGCUGCUUCUAGGGGAGACCCAGGACCUUGGCCUUAUCAAUGCAACAAACAGCAUGCUGCAAAUGCCGCUCCACAUUGCUGCUCGAAAUGGGCUUGCAUCUGUUGUCCAAGCUUUGCUUACAAGAGGAGCUACUGUUUUGGCUGUGGAUGAGGAAGGUCACACCCCAGCCUUGGCCUGUGCUCCCAACAAAGACGUAGCGGAUUGCUUGGCACUUAUCCUAUCCACCAUGAAGCCUUUCCCACCAAAAGAUGCCAUCCUCCCCUUCAGCUUCAACCUCCUGAAGAACUGCGGCAUCGCUGCCAAGACUGCCAUCCCCAAUGGUGGCAGUUGCCCCUACACAAAGGAUCGGCACAGUUCCAUUGCCAUGGAUGGCUGCUACACGGAGUAG